CACUCAUUCAAUGGACAAUAUGUCUCUCUUGAGGAAGAUUCUUCCUCUGUGUCUGAUAGCUGUAUAUGGCUGCUUGAGUCAGAAACAUGACCAUCAACUUGAGGCCAUGUUUCUUGCAGGCCCCAUGACCAACAAACAGGUGACGGGCCUCAAUGGAGAAACAUCUGACAAGGCAUUGCUGGACACCUUUGACUGCAGUCAUCCCAUACCUCCUGAUUCUACAAAGUACUUUGAGUACCUCCAGAGCCGAGGGGUGACUCACUUCAAGGUACCGCUGUCAUGGACUCAGCUCCUUCCUUCAGGCCUCCCCAGCCAGCCCCAACAGGCUGUGGUUAACUGCUACCAGACCCUGAUGAAGCAGCUGCACCAGGUGGGACUUGAGCCUCUGGUCAUCCUUCAUGGAUCCACUGUACCAGACUCUCUGAGAUCAAGGUAUGGAGGCUGGGAGAGCAAGAAGCUGGUACAGAUGUUUCAGCAGUAUGCAGAGUUUGUUUUUGUACAGUUUGGAGACCUGGCAAAGACUUGGAUGACACUGAGCAGCUUGGAUGAGCUGAACAAUGCUGACCUGCAAAACGCUCUUCAUGCACAUGCCAGUGUCUACCGCCGCUACCACCAACUGUUUCCAGAGAGAGAUGGACAAGUAUCAGUUGGGACAAAGGCCAGUAAAAUUCCAGACAUCUGUGACACCCAACUGCUGACAUAUUUAGAUUUCCUGUCCAUUAAAGUUCAGUAUGACUGCGCCGCUGGACAACACUUGGCCAAGGAGCUACAAAGCGUGAUGGGAAAGUGUGGAGACACACCCAUAGUAAUUUAUGAGCUGAAUACUAACAACUGUUCUCCUCAUGAGUUUGUGUUGGAUACCAAACUCUUUAAAGAAGUGAGUAAUAGAGGCCAAACUGUUGUUGGAAUUGACAUGGUGAAUAUGUUACAUCUAGCUGACUCUCCUCCAAAAAGAGAUGCUUUGGACAACAGAAACAAUCUACUGACAUCAUCGUGUUCAACGACUUACUGCAACACUUGGAACCAUUUUGCCACCAUGUCCUCAUCUGUAAGAGACACCUUCCUGAAGGAAUCCUUCCCCCCUGGUUUCCAGUGGGCCACCUCCACUGAGUCCUUCAAGGUUGAAGGAGGCUGGAAAGCAGAUGGGAAGGGAGAAACCAUUUGGGACCGUUUUGGUCAUGAACAUCAAGCCUUUGAAAAUCAGACAGUUGAUUUAGCAUGUGACAGUUACAACAAGGUGGACUACGAUGUCUACAUCCUGCGAGGUCUUCAAGUCAACACCUACCAGUUCUCCAUCUCCUGGGCCCGUAUUUUCCCCUCAGGCCACCGAGGAAGCCUAUCAGAGAAAGGGGCUCUCUAUUAUGACAAGCUGAUCAAUGCUCUCAUUGAAUCUGGCAUACAACCUGUUGUCACUCUCUAUCAUUGGGAUCUACCCCAGGCACUCCAAGAUGCUGGUGGAUGGACCAACCCAUCCAUUGUUGAAGCUUUCAAGGACUAUGCAGACUUCUGUUUCUCCAGGUUUGGAGACAGGGUCAAGACCUGGAACACAUUCAGCAGUCCCUGGGUGGUGAGCCAUGCUGGGUAUGGCACUGGUGAGCAUGCCCCUGGAAUAAAGGACUAUGUGGUUUCUUCCUAUCAGGUCACCCACAAUAUGCUCAAGUCCCAUGCUGAAGCCUGGCAUGUCUACAAUGACAAUUACAGGAAGACACAAGGAAGGAAAGUGGGCAUUGCACUGAACUCUGACUGGGCUGAACCCAAAAACCCCGCUCUACCUGAAGACGUAGCAGCUGCAGAUCGCUACCUGCAGUUCAUGCUGGGCUGGUUUGCACACCCUAUAUUUGUAGAUGGAGAUUAUCCUGCAGAACUCAAAACUCAGAUUGAACUGAAAAGAAAUAAGUGUCCCAGCUCGGAGCCUGCAAGACUUCCAGUUUUUACUCCCUCAGAGAGCAAGAGGAUACUUGGAACUGCUGACUUUUUUGGACUGAACCACUAUACUUCCCGGUUGGUCAGUAACAUUGAUGGUGGCUGCACUCCUGGUCCUCAGGGAGUGGGUGACUUCCAGGAAAGUGUGGACCCAUCAUGGUCUUCCACAGCUUCUGACUGGGUCUUUUCUGCUCCUUCAGGACUGAGAAUGCUUCUAAGAUACAUUUCCAAAGAGUACUUGAAUGUUGUCAAUGUGCCCAUCUACAUAACUGGGAAUGGGAUGCCAACAGAGUACAGUGGGGACACUCUCAAUGACACCAGCAGAAUCGAGUACAUGCGGAGUUACAUCAAUGAGGCCUUGAAAGCAAUACUCACUGAUGGAGUGAAUGUGCAGCGGUUCACAGUGCAGUCACUCAUGGAUGGAUUUGAGGGAAAACAAGGCUACAGUGAAAGAUUUGGUCUUCACUAUGUUGACUUUGAAAAUCCUGAGAGACCGAGAACCCCAAAGCAGUCUGCAUAUUUCUAUUCACAAGUUAUUGAGCAAAAUGGUUUUGCUGUGAGCAAAGGUGAUGUUUAUGAAGGGGUGAAGAUGCAACUCCCUCACCGUGCACCAGCUUUACCACCAUCAGAGGUUCCAUCUAAAUCAAAGGUUGUCUGGGAGAAAUUCUCACACCAGUCAAAAUUCGACAGACACAUGUACCACUAUGGCACAUUCCCACAAGACUUCAGUUGGGGAGUUUCAUCUUCAGCUUACCAGAUUGAAGGAGGCUGGGAUGCUGAUGGAAAGGGGCCCAGUAUCUGGGAUGUGUACACUCAUACACCUGGCACUAUGCCUGCUGAUGCAACUGGAGAUGUAGCCUGUGACAGUUACAACAGACUAGAUGAAGACCUCUACAUGCUGAGAGCUCUGAGGGUGAAGUCAUAUAGAUUCUCUUUGUCUUGGUCCAGGAUCUUUCCUGAUGGUACUCGUUCCUCCCUGAACCAGAAAGGUGUUGACUAUUACAAUAGACUCAUUAAUGGCCUGUUGGCAAAUAAAAUCACUCCCAUGGUGACAAUUUACCAUUGGGACCUCCCUCAAGCUUUGCAAGACCGCGGUGGCUGGGAGAAUGUAGACAUGAUUGACAUUUUCAAUGACUAUUGUGACUUCUGCUUUGCCACAUUUGGUGACAGAGUGAAACUGUGGAUGACCAUCAACCAGCCUCACUCAAUUGCAUGGUUAGGAUAUGGGCUUGGAACGAUCCCACCGAGCAUUAAGAAUCCAGGAAUUUCACCAUACAUAGUUGCACACAACCUGAUCAAAGCUCACGCCAAGGCUUACCAUACAUAUGAUGACAAGUAUCGCACAUCCCAAGGAGGUUUAGUAUCCAUUGCCCUCAACGCAGAUUGGAUUGAACCUAAAGAUGUCAAUGUUCCCCGUGAUGUGGAAUCUGCUGACCGUGCACUGCAGUUCCAACUGGGUUGGUUUGCACAUCCCAUUUUCAAGAAUGGUGACUAUCCUGAUGCGAUGAAGUGGCAAGUUUCAGCCAAAAGUGAACUCCAGGCUCUCUCAGAGUCAAGACUCCCUUCCUUCACUGAAGAGGAAAAGAACUACAUCAAGGGAACUGCUGACAUGUUUUGUAUAAAUCAUUACACUACAAAGGUAGUAACAUUUGCUACAGGAAAGCUUUCCCCUUAUUCAUAUGAUGAAGACAGGGACGUGUUAGAAACAGAGGAACCUGAUUCACCAACUACGGCCUACGCAGGACAAAGAGCUGUGGCAUGGGGCUUGAGAAGACUCCUCAACUGGAUCAAGGAGGAGUAUGGAAAUCCACAGAUUUAUGUUACCGAGAAUGGCAUGCCUUCACCAUAUCCUAUCACACUUGAUGACAUAGAGAGAGUAUUUUACUACAAAACCUAUGUUGAUGAGGCUUUAAAGGCUCAAAAUCUUGACGGUGUAAACGUGAAGGGAUACAUGGCAACAUCUCUCAUGGAUUCUUUUGACUGGAUGAAUUCAUACAACUUUUUGUUUGGAUUGCACCAUGUUGACUUCAAUAACCCAAACCGGCCAAGGACAGCCAAGUUCUCAGCUCUCUCUUAUUGCCAGGUCAUAAAGGACAAUGGUUUCCCAGUAACAGAAGAUGAGACGCCACUUUAUGCAGAUUUCCCGAAAGAUUUUGCCUGGAGCACUGCAAGUGCUGCUUUCCAGAUUGAAGGUGGUUGGAGAGCCGAUGGAAAAGGAUUUAAUAUCUGGGAUGAGUUUUCCCACACUCCUGGGCGAGUGGCCAAUGGCGAUAAUGGCGAUGUUGCUUGCAAUAGUUACAACAAGCUUGACGAGGAUAUCGAGGUGCUGAAGAAGUUGAAAGUGACCCACUAUCGCUUCUCUGUGUCCUGGCCCAGAGUGCUUCCUGACGGCACUAAUAAGAACAUUAAUGAAGCUGGACUCAACUACUACCACAGAUUACUGGAUGCUUUGAAAGCUGCAAAUAUUCAGCCCCAGGUUACACUGUACCACUGGGAUCUUCCGUUAGAGCUUCAGAAAAUAGGAGGCUGGGAGAAUGAAAUCAUUGUCCAAAGAUUCAGAGAAUAUGCAGAUGUUUUAUUCAGCAGACUUGGAAGUAAAGUAAAGAUCUGGAUCACCCUCAACGAACCCUGGAUUGUAGCCCUCCUUGGAUAUGGAUAUGGUAGUUUUGCUCCAGGGGUCACUGGGAAGCACUACAUUGCAGCUCACAACCUAAUCAAGGCCCAUGCUGAGGCCUGGCAUCUCUACAAUGACAAGUAUCGAGCAACGCAAGGUGGUAUCAUCUCCAUUACUCUCAAUUCUGAUUGGGCAAUGCCAAGGAACCCAUAUAAGCAGCAGGAUGUAGAUGCAGCCAAGCGCUACUUGGAGUUCUUCCUUGGCUGGUAUGCCCAUCCCAUCUUCAAAGGCGAUUAUCCCGAAAUAAUGAGAACAACCAUUCGUGAAAGAAGCCUCGCUGCAGGCCUCCCUCAAUCGCGGCUUCCGGAGUUUACCCCUGAGGAAAUCCAAAGGAUCAAUGGGACUCAUGAUUUCUUUGGCUUAAACCAUUACACCAGUGUUCUUGCAUUCCAUAUUGAUGUAGGAGAUUCACAGGACUAUGAUUCUGACAGGGGUACUGCAACAAUGAGCGACCGCACCUGGCUUGAAACUGGUUCCGCCUGGUUGAGGAUCACUCCAUUUGGAUUUAGGAAACUUCUCGAAUAUAUUAAGGAUGAGUAUGGAAACCCACAAAUCUAUGUCACAGAGAAUGGAGUCUCAGAAAAAGGAGCAGUGGACUUGAAUGAUGUCCACAGAAAGUACUACUACGAGAAUUACAUUAACCAGGGCCUGAAAGCCCGUGUUCUGGAUGGAGCUGAUCUGAGAGGCUACACAGCCUGGUCAUUAAUGGACAACUUUGAGUGGGCCGAAGGCUAUGCUGAGCGAUUUGGACUUUUCUUUGUGAACCGCUCAGACCCUGCUCUGCCUCGCAUCCCUAAAAUGUCAGCAUCUUACUAUACCGCCAUCAUCAACUGCAAUGGCUUCAAAGAUCCGGCCCUUGGACCCCAUGAGUGUUUGAACCCUGAAGCUACACCUGCAGCUUCAGCUACAGCCGCAACUCCCUCGCAUACAACUACAGCAGAGGCCCCUGUAAAGACAACCAUGUCUGGUUAUCCUAUGGACAAAGUGGACUUCUUGGGUCGGCAGCUUUCAGCUGAUGAUGCUGAAGUGUCACUUUAUGUCCUGUUCGGAUUUCUCCUUGUAAGUCUCCUUGGGAUCAUAGGUGUUGUGUAUGGGCUCGUGAUAACAAGAAAGAAGUUGAAGAGAUCAUCUCAGGAAUUAUAUAAGAUGAACAGAAUAGAAGAUGGACAAGUAUCAGUUGGGACAAAGGCCAGUAAAAUUCCAGACAUCUGUAAUACCCAACUGCUGACAUAUUUAGAUUUCCUGUCCAUUAAAGUUAAAUAUGACUGCGCCACUGGACAACACUUGGCCAAGGAGCUCCAAAGCGUGAUGGGAAAGUGUGGAGACACACCCAUAGUAAUUUAUGAGCUGAAUACUAUCAACUGUUCUCCUCAUGAGUUUGUGUUGGAUACCAAACUCUUUAAAGAAGUGAGUAAUAGAGGCCAAACUAUUGUUGGAAUUGACAUGGUGAAUAUGUUACAUCUAGCUGACUCUCCUCCAAAAAGAGAUGCCUUGGACAACAGAAACAAUCUACUGACAUCAUCGUGUUCAACGACUUACUGCAAAACUUGGAACCAUUUUGCCACCAUGUCCUCAUCUGUAAGAGACGCCUUCCUGAAGGAAUCCUUCCCCCCUGGUUUCCAGUGGGCCACCUCCACUGAGUCCUUCAAGGUUGAAGGAGGCUGGAAAGCAGAUGGGAAGGGAGAAACCAUUUGGGACCGUUUUAGUCAUGAGCAUCAAGCCUUUGAAAAUCAGACAGUUGAUUUAGCAUGUGACAGUUACAACAAGGUGGACUAUGAUGUCUACAUCCUGCGAGGUCUUCAAGUCAACACCUAUCAGUUCUCCAUCUCCUGGGCCCGUACUUUCCCCUCAGGCCACCGAGGAAGCCUAUCAGAGAAAGGGGCUCUCUAUUAUGACAAGCUGAUCGAUGCUCUCAUUGAAUCUGGCAUACAACCUGUUGUCACUCUCUAUCAUUGGGAUCUGCCCCAGGCACUCCAAGAUGCUGGUGGAUGGACCAACCCAUCCAUUGUUGAAGCUUUCAAGGACUAUGCAGACUUCUGUUUCUCCAGGUUUGGAGACAGGGUCAAGACCUGGAACACAUUCAGCAGUCCCUGGGUGGUGAGCCAUGCUGGGUAUGGCACUGGUGAGCACGCCCCUGGAAUAAAGGAUUAUGUGGUUUCUUCCUAUCAGGUCACCCACAAUAUGCUCAAGUCCCAUGCUGAAGCCUGGCAUGUCUACAAUGACAAUUACAGGAAGACACAAGGAGGGAAAGUGGGCAUUGCGCUGAACUCUGACUGGGCUGAACCCAAAAACCCCGCUAUACCUGAAGACGUAGCAGCUGCAGAUCGCUACCUGCAGUUCAUGCUGGGCUGGUUUGCACACCCUAUAUUUGUAGAUGGAGAUUAUCCUGCAGAACUCAAAACUCAGAUUGAACUGAAAAGAAAUAAGUGUCCCAGCUCUGAGCCUGCAAGACUUCCAGUUUUUACUCCCUCAGAGAGCAAGAGGAUACUUGGAACUGCUGACUUUUUUGGACUGAACCACUAUACUUCCCGGUUGGUCAGCAACAUUGAUGGUGGCUGCACUCCUGGUCCUCAGGGAGUGGGUGACUUCCAGGAAAGUGUGGACCCAUCAUGGUCUUCCACAGCUUCUAACUGGAUCUUUUCUUCACCUUCGGGACUGAGAAUGCUUCUGAACUACAUUUCCAAGCAGUACUUGAAUGUUGUUAAUGUGCCCAUCUACAUAACUGGGAAUGGGAUGCCAACAGAGUACGGUGGGGACACUUUCAAUGACACCAGCAGAAUCGAGUACAUGAGGGGUUACAUCAAUGAGGCCUUGAAAGCAAUACUCACUGAUGGAGUGAAUGUGCAGCGGUUCACAGUGCAGUCACUCAUGGAUGGAUUUGAGGGAAAACAAGGCUACAGUGAAAGAUUUGGUCUUCACUAUGUCGACUUUGAAAAUCCUGAGAGACCGAGAACCCCAAAGCAGUCUGCAUAUUUCUAUUCACAAGUUAUUGAGCAAAACGGUUUUGCUUUGAGCAAAGGUGAUGUUUAUGAAGGGGUGAAGAUGCAACUCCCUCACCGUGCACCAGCUUUACCACCAUCAGAGGUUCCAUCUAAAUCAAAGGUCAUCUGGGAGAAAUUCUCACACCAGUCAAAAUUCGACAGACACAUGUACCACUAUGGCACAUUCCCCCAAGACUUCAGUUGGGGAGUUUCAUCUUCAGCUUACCAGAUUGAAGGAGGCUGGGAUGCUGAUGGAAAGGGGCCCAGUAUCUGGGAUGUGUAUACUCAUACACCUGGCACUAUGCCUGCUGAUGCAACUGGAGAUGUAGCCUGUGACAGUUACAACAGACUUGAUGAAGACCUCUACAUGCUGAGAGCUCUGAGGGUGAAGUCAUAUAGAUUCUCUUUGUCCUGGUCCAGGAUCUUUCCUGAUGGUACUCGUUCAUCCCUGAACCAGAAAGGUGUUGACUAUUACAAUAGACUCAUUAAUGGCCUGUUGGCAAAUAAAAUCACUCCCAUGGUGACAAUUUACCAUUGGGACCUCCCUCAAGCUUUGCAAGACCGCGGUGGCUGGGAGAAUGUAGACAUGAUUGACAUUUUCAAUGACUAUUGUGACUUCUGCUUUGCCACCUUUGGUGACAGAGUGAAACUGUGGAUGACCAUCAACCAGCCUCACUCAAUUGCAUGGUUAGGAUAUGGGCUUGGAACGAUCCCACCAAGCAUUAAGAAUCCAGGAAUUUCACCAUACAUAGUUGCACACAACCUGAUCAAAGCUCACGCCAAGGCUUAUCAUACAUAUGAUGACAAGUAUCGUGUAUCCCAAGGAGGUCUAGUAUCCAUUGCUCUCAAUGCAGAUUGGAUUGAACCUAAAGAUGCCAAUUUUCCACGUGAUGUGGAAUCUGCUGACCGUGCACUGCAAUUCCAACUGGGUUGGUUUGCACAUCCUAUUUUUAAGAAUGGUGACUAUCCUGAUGCGAUGAAGUGGCAAGUUUCAGCCAAAAGUGAACUCCAAGACCUCUCAGAGUCAAGACUACCUUCCUUCACUGAAGAGGAAAAGAACUACAUCAAGGGAACUGCUGACAUGUUCUGUAUAAACCAUUACACUACAAAGGUAGUAACAUUUGCUACAGGAAAGCUUUCCCCUUAUUCAUAUGGUGAAGACAGGGACGUGUUAGAAACAGAGGAACCUGAUUCACCAACUACGGCCUACGCAGGACAACGAGCUGUGGCAUGGGGCUUGAGAAGACUCCUCAACUGGAUCAAGGAGGAGUAUGGAAAUCCACAGAUUUAUGUUACCGAGAAUGGCAUGCCUUCACCAUAUCCUAUCACACUUGAUGACAUAGAGAGAGUAUUUUACUACAAAACCUAUGUUGAUGAGGCUUUAAAGGCUCAAAAUCUUGACGGUGUAAACGUGAAAGGAUACAUGGCAACAUCUCUCAUGGAUUCUUUUGACUGGAUGAAUUCAUACAACUUUUUGUUUGGAUUGCACCAUGUUGACUUCAAUAACCCAAACCGGCCGAGGACAGCCAAGUUCUCAGCUCUCUCUUAUUGCCAGGUCAUAAAGGACAAUGGUUUCCCAGUAACAGAAGAUGAGACGCCACUUUAUGCAGAUUUCCCUAAAGAUUUUGCCUGGAGCACUGCAAGUGCCGCUUUCCAGAUUGAAGGUGGUUGGAGAGCUGAUGGAAAGGGAUUUAAUAUCUGGGAUGAGUUUUCCCACACUCCUGGGAGAGUGGCCAAUGGCGAUAAUGGCGAUGUUGCUUGCAAUAGUUACAACAAGCUUGACGAGGAUAUUGAGGUGCUGAAGAAGUUGAAAGUGACCCACUAUCGCUUCUCUGUAUCCUGGCCCAGAGUGCUUCCUGACGGCACUAAUAAGAACAUUAAUGAAGCUGGACUCAACUACUACCACAGAUUACUGGAUGCUUUGAAAGCUGCAAAUAUUCAGCCCCAGGUUACACUGUACCACUGGGAUCUUCCAUUAGAGCUUCAGAAAAUAGGAGGCUGGGAGAAUGAAAUCAUUGUCCAAAGAUUCAGAGAAUAUGCAGAUGUUUUAUUCAGCAGACUUGGAAGUAAAGUAAAGAUCUGGAUCACCCUCAAUGAACCCUGGAUUGUAGCCCUCCUUGGAUAUGGAUAUGGUAGUUUUGCUCCAGGGGUCACUGGGAAGCACUACAUUGCAGCUCACAACCUAAUCAAGGCCCAUGCUGAGGCCUGGCAUCUCUACAAUGACAAGUAUCGAGCAACGCAAGGUGGUAUCAUCUCCAUUACUCUCAAUUCUGACUGGGCAAUGCCAAGGAACCCAUAUAAGCAGCAGGAUGUGGAUGCAGCCAAGCGCUACUUGGAGUUCUUCCUUGGCUGGUAUGCCCAUCCCAUCUUCAAAGGCGAUUAUCCCGAAAUAAUGAGAACAACCAUUCGUGAAAGAAGCCUCGCUGCAGGCCUCCCUCAAUCACGGCUUCCGGAGUUUACCCCUGAGGAAAUCCAAAGGAUCAAUGGGACUCAUGAUUUCUUUGGCUUAAACCAUUACACCAGUGUUCUUGCAUUCCAUAUUGAUGUAGGAGAUUCACAGGACUAUGAUUCUGACAGGGGUACUGCAACAAUGAGCGACCGCACCUGGCUUGAAACUGGUUCCGCCUGGUUGAGGAUCACUCCAUUUGGAUUUAGGAAACUUCUUGAAUAUAUUAAGGAUGAGUAUGGAAACCCACAAAUCUAUGUCACAGAGAAUGGCGUCUCAGAAAAAGGAGCAGUGGACUUGAAUGAUGUCCACAGAAAGUACUACUACGAGAACUACAUUAACCAGGGCCUGAAAGCCCGUGUUCUGGAUGGAGCUGAUCUGAGAGGCUACACAGCCUGGUCGUUAAUGGACAACUUUGAGUGGGCCGAAGGCUACGCUGAGCGAUUUGGACUUUUCUUUGUGAACCGCUCAGACCCUGCUCUGCCUCGCAUCCCUAAAAUGUCAGCAUCUUACUAUACCGCCAUCAUCAACUGCAAUGGGUUCAAAGAUCCGGCCCUCAGACCCCAUGAGUGUUUGAACCCUGAAGCUACACCUUCAGCUACAGCCACAACUCCCUCGCCUGCAACUACAGCAGAGGCCCCUGUAAAGACAACUAUGUCUGGUUAUCCUCUGGACAAAGUGGACUUCUUGGGUCGGCAGCUUUCAGCUGAUGAUGCUGAAGUGUCACUUUAUGUCCUGUUUGGAUUUCUCCUUGUAAGUCUCCUUGGGAUCAUAGGUGUUGUGUAUGUGCUCGUGAUAACAAGAAAGAAGUUGAAGAGAUCAUCUCAGGAAUUAUAUAAGAUGAACAGAAUGUAAGGAAAGCUUAGGAAGAAAGUCAAAACCAGCCAAAAUUCUGUCAGGCUUUUUUUUUUUCAUAUUUAAUGCAACAAUGUAGAAGAGCUGUGUUUAACAUUUUGAGUCAAAUGGCUUCUACAUUAGUCAGAGCUCAAAAUGUCACAAAAUGUGCUAUCUAAUUUAUUAUGAAGCUGGUUGGUGGAAAUGUCGUUGUAGAUUAUAUUUAAUACAUGUUUAUUUAAUAGGUAAUGAUAAAUUGCAUGUCUAACAUGGCUUUAAUGAUUAUAAUUUAAACAUAAUCUGAUACAGGAACUUAACACACCUUAAUUCAUAUUUAUUUACAGUUGUUACUCUAUUAUGUGCUUUUGUCUCUAUGGGCAGAAAUAUGUGAAAAAUGUAAAAUAAAAGAAAAAUAUAAUUUAACAUAUUUUGAACUGCUAUGUAUCAAAUUAAAACUGUAUCCCAAUAAACUUGAAACUAACAGUUGAAAUUGAA